CCUGGGUGAAUUAGCGGGCUAGCGCCUCGAGCAGUCGCAGCCGUCAGCCUCUGUUGUGCCAGCGCCGUGCUACCCGACUAACACACCUGCAUCAUCUCGGCCACACGACGACUCCGACUUUCUCUCCACCACUGCGACCGCGCCUGCGCCUCUGCGAAACGCUGCCUCUGCAUUAUCUUUUUCGCUCGUUCUGCCCGGAUCCCUGCGAGGUCCCCAGCCGUGAAGAACAAACCACCCAGCCAACCGUGUUCCGCGCCGCAAACACUAGCCAGGCCCAGCGAUAGUCCGCCUCCAUUCGAUCCGCAGAGCGGCGCGCCGCCGUCCGCUACCUCCACCAAGCGUUGCCCGCGCAGGUUGUUUUCGCCUCUGCACGCGAGGUGUGUAGCAAAACCUCGAACAAGCACUCACAAUGGCUUUCCAGCAACCCCAGGCCUGGCCAUUAGGACAGCAGAACGACUCCCUCCCGUCCGACGACAAUCCGCCGCCUCCGCCAGCCCAUCGCACUCCUGUAGGCCUCCACGCCCAGCGCCAGUAUACCGACCCCAACAACUACUCCGACUACUCGACCCCAGGCGUCACUCCCGGCUCAGACAACAUGGGCGAGACUGCUCCGGGCGGCGGCAUCAACGGCAUUGCCAGCGGCGUCGCUUCCUCCCACCCACGCGAGAGCGGCCUCCACGCUGCACGAGGCAUGGCUGGCCCAGGACGGCCCAUGGGCGUUCCCAACAGGAACUCGCAGUCAUCACCCUUCAAUGACCCCAAUGGUCACGACCAACCCAUGGUUCCUCGCCCAAUGUACUCGCAACGCUCCUACGGCUCCGGCGCACCACUGGUCGGCGGCAUGUACUCGAGUGACAGCUCCAUGUACAGCAUGCCACACUCCCCCCACAGCGGCGUCCCCUACGCCGACACGCCUUACAACCGCUACUCUUCGUCCGCCCAGAACCUCGCGCCGCAGAUGGGCCAGAUCAACCCGCUCGAUGUCGACAACGAUGACGACUGGGGAAUGGGCCCAGACCACAACUCUCCACAGAACAAGCGACGCUCUUUCGUGCCAUUCGGUGGCUCGCGGGACGGCAGCAGUCGCAAUGGCUCGCCAGGAUCAUCGAUAAACAACGGAGGUGUUGCUGCCGCUGCCGGCGCUGGUGCUUUUGCUGCCUCACGCGAUGGUACCAAGUACGACGCCGUGCCCAUGGUCAACGGAAGUGGGGAGCUCGUCCCAGAAAAGGUUGCAAGUUGGAAAGCAGAAGACGACUUGAAGAAGAGGAAGAAGCGCAUGUGGAUCGCAAUCGCCAUCAUCACCCUCAUCCUCGCAGGUGCAAUUCUAGGCGGUGUCCUCGGUGCCACCGUCGGAAAGGGUGGCGGUGCCAAGGACGGAGCUGCUAAGUCUGCUCAAUCUGCUGACGAUAUCGCCAAAGACAACAAGGAGGACCUUGGCAAGGACUCUUCCGAGAUCAAGGCCUUGAUGAACAACGCCGAUUUGCACAAAGUGUUCCCCGGCAUGGAUUAUACUCCUCUGAACACACAGUACCCAGACUGUCUCCACGUCGGACCAUCGCAGAACAACAUCACUCGAGACUUGGCCGUCAUGUCGCAACUGACCAACUCAGUCCGCUUGUACGGUACCGACUGCAACCAAACACAGAUGCUUAUCCACGCCAUCGACCGCCUGGAAAUCAAGGAUACCAUGAAGAUCUGGCUUGGUGUAUGGCUCGACAAGAAUGACACUACAACAGAGCGACAGAUUUCCCAAACAUGGGACAUUCUCGAUGACUAUGGCUGCGACUACUUCAAGGGUAUCAUCAUUGGUAACGAGGUACUUUACCGCAAGGACCUGUCUGAGACUGAGCUGCUGGGACACAUUUCCGAUUUCCGCAAGAACAUCUCGGACCACAGCUGCCAGUUGCCUGUCGCAAUGGCUGAUCUGGGUGACAACUGGACUGGCGACAUGGCUACCAAGGUUGACAUUGUCAUGUCAAACGUUCACCCCUUCUUUGCCGGUGUCGACGUCAAGGAAGCGGCUGCCUGGACCUGGAACUUCUGGCAAACCCACGACGUGUCAUUGACCGCAACCCAGAAUGACAUCCACCAGGUAAUUGCCGAGGUUGGCUGGCCAUCUGGAGGUGGCACCGACUGUGGUGCGGCGGACACUUGCGCCGGAGGCUCUGUUGCCGGUAUUGACGAAAUGAACCAGUUUAUGGAAGACUGGGUUUGCCCGAGUCUCACUAACGGAACAGAGUACUUUUGGUUCUCAGCCUUUGACGAGCCAUGGAAGAUCCAGUAUAACGAAAAGGGCAAAGAGUGGGAAGACAAGUGGGGUCUCAUGGACGUCAACCGCAAACUGAAGCCCGGGCUUAAGAUCCCCGAUUGCGGCGGCAAAUCGUUACCCUCGACGUACGACAACUAGAUACGACACGAGCGCGUAUAGCAUCCCUUCUCAUACGAGUUCUUGCAUGACGGCAUGGCGUUGGCGGGCGUUCUUCAUCUUCGGCAUCAUCGCGGCGACUCUUUGCGACCGCUCUACCGAUCUCUUUCCGCGAAUUGUAUACUCGGGGCGCAGUUGUGCCCUUUUUUCUUUUUUACUCCCUCCUUUUGCGGGCUUGAAUCCCACACCAAAGUUCUGGAAGUGGAUUUGUCUGGAUGAGCCCUAUAUCGAGACAUGUUAGGAACUUUACGUUGGAUAAUCUCAGGAGGGAAGGAGCCCUCUACUUGUGUAUAUAUACGAUUACCGGGAUGUGAUGAAACCGGCUGGCUAUUGUGUGCGUGUGGGUUUGUCAAGGUCUCAAGGCCUUGUGCUGAUUUGUCCUCCGCGCUUUGUGGGUUACGGAGGCGAAAAUCUAUGAGCAGCAUUGUAGAUAGGGCAUGUACAGGAAUACAAAUGCAAGAGAUGUA